AUGAGUGUGAGCGUCUUCAAGAAGAUGAGUACCGACAAACCCUUCCGAGAGGACGAGACGUACCACGUCACGUCCGAGAUUUCAUUCAUGGGCUCUGAUAGUUCACCUCGUCACUUCUCGAGGGAUCAGACUCUGCAGACAGAGCCUUUCCUGACUUACUUCCCUUUCUGUAGCGAUUUCGGGCCUCUGAAUUUGAGGAUGCUUCCUGGUGUCUUGCCUUCCUCGCGCGCAGCGUCAUAUCACAACGUCGGGUUUGAAAUCAGCGUCUUCGACGCCUGGCGGGCAGUGGAGAAGGCGAAUAGGGAGGGAUGGCUGAAGCCCGAGGUCUUGGACUUGGAGGGGCCUGUGGAAGACAUACCUGAAGGAAGUUUGUGGGUCGACAACCACUACGUCAGAAUGUUCCAUCCGAGGUUCUACCUUGAAGUCUUCGAAGAGAUCCGAGUCAAGACUGUUGUUCGUCUCAACGCUCCCAACUACGACCCUAAAUUCUUUGAGGAUGCCGAUAUGGAGCACGUGGACCUCUUCUGCGAGGACUGCUCGGUUCCUCCAACCCAAGUCAUCUUCCACUUCCUCCAGCUGCUCCAGCGGGUGGAUGGCAUGGUAGCCGUUCACUGUGAUACUGGUCUCGGCGUCGCUGCCAUGCUCGUUGCGACCUACCUCAUCAGCUUCCACUCCUUCACCGCAAGGGAGGCGAUUAGCUGGGUGAGGAUCAUGCGGCCGGGGAGCAUCAUCGGCAUGCAGCAGCUGUACCUGGAGGAGAAGGAGAAGGUCUGGAGAGACGCAGGGAAGAGGAUGCAGACAAGGUGUGCGCCGGACGUAACAGGGAUAGCAGACUUGAGGAUCAGAAAGGACGACUCAUGGUGA